CCCCAGGAUGUAGCGCGGGUGAUGUCAGCUCUGGACGAAAAUAGAGAGGGAUCGCCUGCAAAUCCCCACCUCCGGCGGGGCUAAACCUUGCAAUCCCUCCCUGGCCGGCGCGGAGCCAGGAGCAGCGGCCUCCACCGCCUCCCCCGGCGCGCACACACCAGCACACGCGCGCACGCACGCACACACUCCCCCUCACUCGCACUCCAGUCCUCCGUAGUCACCCUCGGUGCCCGCCACUCGCGGCGUCCGUCUGCCUCGCCCGCGGCAGAGCACACACAGGUGGCGGCUGGGACGCGGCGAGCGUGGUGUUGCAGCCCCACGGCCAGCGCGAUCUCGGCGGAGUCACCCUCGGGUCCCGCAGCGCCCUGCGGAGCGCUAGCCGCUAGCAGCGAGGGGAGCGCGGGCUGUGCGGAGGAGAGCCGGGUCCGGGAUUAGCGCCCGCAGCAGCCUCCCGAGUGCCCCGAGGCGCUAAAGGGCUUACCCGGGAGGGGGGUGCGAGGGCCGAGAGAGGCUGCCCGUUAAAUACCGCUCCCCGCGGCUCUGCCGGCUCACCCCUCUCGCCACCACCGCCGGACGGUGCCCGAGAGGAGGGGGCGUUCCCCACGCCAUGGCAUCCACCGACAGUGCCAACAAUAUGCCUAAGCAGGUGGAAGUGCGCAUGCAUGACAGCCAUCUCAGUGCAGAAGAACCGAAGCACCGAAACCUGGGCCUGCGCCUAUGUGACAAACUGGGGAAGAACCUCUUGCUCUCUCUGACGGUGUUUGGUGUUAUCUUGGGGGCAGUAUGUGGUGGAUUGCUUCGCUUGGCUUCUCCCAUCCACCCUGACGUGGUUAUGUUAAUAGCCUUCCCAGGGGAUAUACUCAUGAGGAUGCUGAAGAUGCUCAUCCUCCCUCUAAUCAUCUCCAGUUUAAUCACAGGGCUGUCAGGCCUGGAUGCUAAAGCCAGCGGCCGUUUAGGUACGAGAGCCAUGGUGUAUUACAUGUCAACAACCAUCAUCGCUGCCGUGCUGGGGGUCAUCCUCGUCUUGGCCAUUCACCCUGGCAACCCCAAACUCAAGAAGCAGCUGGGGCCUGGGAAGAAAAACGAUGAAGUGUCUAGCCUGGAUGCCUUCCUCGAUCUCAUUAGAAAUCUCUUCCCAGAAAACCUGGUCCAAGCCUGUUUCCAACAGAUUCAGACAGUGACAAAGAAAGUCCUUGUGUCACCUCAGUCAGAGGAGGCCAAUACCACCAAGGCUGUUAUCUCCAUGUUGAAUGAGACUGUGACUGAGGCCCCUGAAGAAACUAAGCUGGUUAUCAAGAAGGGCCUGGAAUUCAAGGACGGAAUGAAUGUCUUAGGUCUGAUAGGGUUCUUCAUUGCCUUUGGCAUCGCCAUGGGGAAGAUGGGCGAGCAGGCCAAGCUGAUGGUGGACUUCUUCAACAUUUUGAAUGAGAUCGUGAUGAAGCUUGUAAUCAUGAUCAUGUGGUACUCUCCCCUGGGUAUCGCCUGCCUGAUCUGUGGGAAGAUUAUUGCCAUCAAGGACUUAGAAGUGGUUGCUAGACAACUGGGGAUGUACAUGGUCACAGUGAUCGUGGGCCUCAUCAUCCAUGGAGGCAUCUUUCUCCCCUUGAUUUAUUUUGCAGUGACCAGAAAAAACCCAUUCUCCUUUUUUGCUGGUAUUUUCCAAGCUUGGAUCACUGCCUUGGGAACUGCUUCCAGUGCUGGAACUUUACCUGUCACCUUCCGUUGCCUGGAAGAAAAUCUAGGGAUUGAUAAGCGUGUGACCAGAUUUGUCCUCCCCGUUGGAGCAACCAUUAACAUGGAUGGUACAGCCCUUUAUGAAGCGGUGGCCGCCAUCUUCAUAGCCCAAAUGAAUGGUGUCAUCCUAGAUGGAGGUCAGAUCGUGACUGUAAGCCUCACAGCCACACUGGCGAGCAUUGGCGCAGCCAGUAUUCCCAGUGCUGGACUGGUCACCAUGCUUCUUAUCCUGACGGCGGUGGGCCUGCCAACAGAAGACAUCAGCCUGCUGGUGGCCGUGGACUGGUUGCUGGACAGAAUGAGAACUUCAGUCAAUGUCGUGGGCGACUCUUUUGGAGCUGGGAUUGUCUAUCACCUCUCCAAGUCUGAGCUGGAUAGCAUUGACUCCCAACACCGAAUGCAUGAAGACAUUGAAAUGACCAAGACUCAAUCCAUUUACGAUGACAUGAAGAACCAUAGGGAGAGCAACUCUAAUCAGUGUGUCUAUGCUGCACACAACUCUGUCAUAGUAGAUGAGUGCAAGGUAACUCUGGCAGCCAACGGAAAGUCAGCUGACUGCAGUGUUGAGGAAGAGCCUUGGAAACGUGAAAAAUAAGGAUAUGACUCUCAGCCAAUUUUUGAAUAAACUUCCCAGCGUAUCUUAUGGUAAAAGAUGCUCUAAACAAGCUUUCUUUAAAAAAGGAAAAAUGCAUAUAUUUCUGUGUUUACUUAAUCUAUUAGCCGAGGCUUAGAGGAGCUGUGAGUCCAUGAUGACAGGCACCAUGCUGUGUCUUUGCCAAAUAAUGCUUCAUAACCAUUUAAUUUGCUCACUUGUGUUAUUGUCUGAAUGGAUGCUGCUGGAGAAACCACCUUGAAUUGAAAACACGUUCUUGUCAGCUUCCCUUUCUCCCAAUGCAGAACUGUGGAUGCUCUUUUUCCUGAGGACACAAUGAAAGCAGUGUGGUUCACUCUAGGGACUUCAGAGCACACACAGUGUGUGUUAUUCCUUAAAGUGUUCAUGGCUCGCCUUGUUACACACAAGAGAUUCUGCUAGAAGCUUCUAGAAGGACCCACCUUUCCUCCAACUUGUAAAGUUGGCACCUGCGUUGAUUGAAAGCAUCUGUUUUAGGGAACUCUGACAACUUAUCUUUUGUGUAUUGUUUAAGUUAAAUGUUUCAGUGGGAGCCAUACUCUUAAAUGCAGCUAUGGAGCCCACAGGCCCUCUGCCCUGCCCUAUUUUUUUCUGUGUGAAAAAUGGGAAGUUUCAUUUGAAAAUGGAUUAGGAGUUAGUUUCAUAUAAUUGCUGUAUACUUUGUCAAAGUAAAGGAGCAUAGUCAACAUAAAUUUUAACCGUAUCUAAAUAUUCAAAUUUAUUUGUUUGAUUUGCAACCAUAUUGCAUAGUGAGUUUGCAUGUGAUGAUCUGAUCUAUGUUUUGAUUUUUUUCUUUCACCCAUAAGUGUCUCAUUUGGGUUUCCAACAAGAAGAUAUUUUCAAGCUCUAAAUUAUUUCCAUUAUAUCCUCAUCCAUCUGCGUGGCUGAUCAUUUUAUCUUCCUCACACAUGGGAGCAUUUGUGUUGGCUAUGCCUCUUUUCAUGGCAUCUUGGUAUAUAUCUAAUAUGUAGAGAGUUUUCUUAUGUAUCAAAGCACAUGAAGCUUAUCACAAGACAGAAGCAGUCUUCCUCUUCAGUGAGAAA